AUCCUGGACGAGUUCGUCAACAGGUCCGGCCCUUCCUCGACUUCUCUACUUGACACGGGGGUUGACACCAUUCGCCGCACAGACGCUGCCGUUGGUGUGCUGUCACAGCUGCUGUUUGAUCAACGUAUUCUUCCGGCUGUCAACUUCUCGGCGGUCGUGCAGUUCUUUGUGCUGCCGUACCUCUAUCCAGAUGCUGGCGUGGUGCUGGUAGUAGCCCUGCGCCUGCUUGAUGAAUGUCUUAGCCCUCAGACCCACGCCAAGGUCCGUAGCUACAACACUACAUCCGUCUCGGUCCUAACCAGUGUCGUACUUCAUCUGUGUGAGCUGUUACAGCACCGCAACGCCAUGUGCCGCGUGUUGGCUGCGCUGGGCAGUAGUCUGGACACCGUGACUCGCUGCCUUGUGCGUGCGAUGAAGACGCUUACACGUCUGUGGGGAGAGCGGCGCAGCGAGAGCAGAGAACUGGCCUCGGGUGUAGAAUGCUCGUCCACACAGAACGGGUCAGCGUUGAGUGCACACACGCGCACUCAAGUCGGGACACGGGUGUAUGAUCUGCUGUUGAAUGGAGACGAACAAAAACUGUCGGAUGAUGGCUGCAGUAGGCAGUGUUCGUGUAGCCGAUGUUCAGGCGAGGAGAGGGAAACAUUUCCUGCGAAUUGGCUCAGGGCUCAGAUGGCAAAGUUCGGUAGGUCUACUGG